UGCCGUGGUUCAGGUGCUCUGCUCCACUAACCUUUAAUCUUCAAUCAAACAACAACGGUACUCGUACUCUCUCAGGAAUAGAGAACCAGGUAGAGAGCACAAUGCUCAUGUUAAUCGCUAGUUACCCUCUGAUUCCCAUGAAACCCCACCGGGUUUGUAGUAACAGUAGUAGGCUCGGGAGCUACUAUGAUUCUUCAUCGAUCGUCAGAUAUUGCGGAAUCGGAGACGAUGGUGAGAAGCAUCAACUUCUUCUAAGUGUUACAGUGAAAGCAGUGGAAGACAAAGGUAAUAAUGGAGGUGGAAGCAUGAGUUUCUCUGAUCAAAGCUGGGAUCCCAGUUCCGAGAUUGAAGUUCCUUCAGACCAAAGACCCGUGAAUGAGUAUUCGUCUUUAAAAGAAGGAAUGUUGUAUUCAUGGGGAGAAUUGGUUCCAAGCGAGUUCUUUAUUCGUCUCGGUGGUCUUUGGUUGGUCACUUUCACUGUUCUUGGAGUUCCUAUUGCAGUUGCUAGCUUUAAUCCUUCUAGAGAGCCUUUGAGAUUUGCUCUAGCUGCGGGUACUGGAACGUUAUUCCUGGUUUUGUUGAUUGUCUUGAGAAUAUACCUGGUUCAAACUGGGAUGGAGCUACGUUGGAGAUAGACUACUUUCUGCAGUUAUACCAUAUGAAGAGACUGGAUGGUAUGAUGGACAAAUGUGGGUCAAACAACCAGAGGUUAGUAGUAGCUACUUAGGGUCUGAUUAGUUCAAACGUUGUGGUUGUGGUUGCGGUUGCGGGAGAUUGCGGAAGCGGACGAUUGCGGUUUCAAGCGUUA